GUUUGUCCCGGUGGCUAUCCUGUAGGUUUAUUAUUGUACCUGAGAACAACAGAAUAUGGUGUCAGAAGUCAAACGUGAAGUUUAUAGGAAGUGAGAAUAUAUAUGUUUGAGGCCGCCGACGCUGCAUCACGUGGUUGUGAUAGAUGGAAAGUUAGCUAGCCAGUAACGUUAGCUGCUAGCUUAGCCGCGCGAUGAGAAUGAACCAGUUUCAAGUCACCCCACCGGAGAAGUUUUCAUUCAAGAAUGAAGACUGGCCAAAGUGGAUGAAGCGCUUUGAGAGGUUCCGUGUCGCCUCUGGUCUGGACACACAAGCGGACGAGAACCAGGUUAACGCUUUGAUCUACACAAUGGGCGAAGAGACGGAGGAUAUUCUGGUUUCCUUGCACCUUACCGCUGAGCAAGCGAGUGAGUACGACACUGUCAAAGAGAAGCUGGACGCUCAUUUCAUAGCUCGCAGGAAUGUAAUAUUUGAGAGGGCCAAAAGUAACCAGCGGCAACAGGAGAUGGACAACCCGCAGCAGAUCAUCCGGGUGCCGGUAUACAUCAGAGUGCUGGACGUCAACGACAACGCUCCAACAUUUGCCACCAAUUAUGAGACGUUUGUGUGUGAGAACGCGAAGGCUAAUCAGAGGAUACAAACCAUCAGCGCCACGGAUCCUGAUGAUCCGCUUGCAGGACAUCGCUUCUUCUUCGGUCUUGCACAGGAAGCUGCUGGAAAAGCCAACUUCUCUCUCUGUGACAACAAAGACAACACGGCCGGGAUCCUCACACGGAGGAACAGCUACAGCAGCCUCCAGAAGAGUGUCUACCACGUCCCCGUGGUCAUUUCUGAUGAAGAGUUCCCCAUGCAGAGCAGCACCAACACACUGACCAUCAGGGUUUGCACCUGUGACCGUGAAGGCAACAUGAAGCUGUGCAACGCCGAGGCACUAACGGCGAGGGCAGGACUCAGCACCGGAGCCCUGGUGGCCAUUUUGCUUUGCGUCAUCAUCUUGCUCAAAAACCAGUCCAUCAUCGUCGUCGACUCAAAGCUCUCGCCUGGAGGCGAGGUUCCGACCCCGCCAAAAUAAAAGCGCCGUCACUUCCUGGCCUCCUCCGCCUCGUCGGUCUCCUUCUCCUGCCGCUCCCGCUCUCGUCUCAUCUCAUCUCCUUCAGCUCCUGUCGGUAUUUCCGCUGGAUGAAGCGCUUCUGAUGAGCCAUCUGUGGGAAGUUAUCUGGUGCAGGGUGGGGAGAGGCAGAGCGGGAAACAGAGAAAGUCGACCAAGGAGAACAGAUAAAGAGACACAGAGGCAGAGGUGUGAAGAGACAAGAGCUGCGCUGCACCACCGCCAGGAUUGGACGACAGGAGAUCGGGUUGGCGCAGGAUUGGUCGGGCUGCCGACGAAAACCCGGAUGUCGUUGCCUCUGGGUCAGAGAGGGACAGAUCAGCGGGCCAUCCUCCAUGCCGUCCAGACCGACACAUAUCCAGCACAAUUUGUUUGUUGUAUAGCAGAACAAGGUGCUCUAGUGAAGUUCUGAAGCCUUGAUUUGGGUUUUCUGCUCGCUGCCAACUCUGCUGGAGCCUUUUCCGAAUCUGGUAAAACACAUAGAGAGCCAGAGCAAAUAUGACGAGAGCCGAGGAACAACCAGACUAGUAAAAUACUAGAGACUAAAGAGCUGCGCUGCACCACCGCCAGGAUUGGACGACAGGAGAUCGGGUUGGCGCAGGAUUGGUCGGGCUGCCGACGAAAACCCGGAUGUCGUUGCCUCUGGGUCAGAGAGGGACAGAUCAGCGGGCCAUCCUCCAUGCCGUCCAGACCGACACAUAUCCAGCACAAUUUGUUUGUUGUAUAGCAGAACAAGGUGCUCUAGUGAAGUUCUGAAGCCUUGAUUUGGGUUUUCUGCUCGCUGCCAACUCUGCUGGAGCCUUUUCCGAAUCUGGUAAAACACAUAGAGAGCCAGAGCAAAUAUGACGAGAGCCGAGGAACAACCAGACUAGUAAAAUACUAGAGACUAAAGAGCUGCGCUGCACCACCGCCAGGAUUGGACGACAGGAGAUCGGGUUGGCGCAGGAUUGGUCGGGCUGCCGACGAAAACCCGGAUGUCGUUGCCUCUGGGUCAGAGAGGGACAGAUCAGCGGGCCAUCCUCCAUGCCGUCCAGACCGACACAUAUCCAGCACAAUUUGUUUGUUGUAUAGCAGAACAAGGUGCUCUAGUGAAGUUCUGAAGCCUUGAUUUGGGUUUUCUGCUCGCUGCCAACUCUGCUGGAGCCUUUUCCGAAUCUGGUAAAACACAUAGAGAGCCAGAGCAAAUAUGACGAGAGCCGAGGAACAACCAGACUAGUAAAAUACUAGAGACUAAAGAGCUGCGCUGCACCACCGCCAGGAUUGGACGACAGGAGAUCGGGUUGGCGCAGGAUUGGUCGGGCUGCCGACGAAAACCCGGAUGUCGUUGCCUCUGGGUCAGAGAGGGACAGAUCAGCGGGCCAUCCUCCAUGCCGUCCAGACCGACACAUAUCCAGCACAAUUUGUUUGUUGUAUAGCAGAACAAGGUGCUCUAGUGAAGUUCUGAAGCCUUGAUUUGGGUUUUCUGCUCGCUGCCAACUCUGCUGGAGCCUUUUCCGAAUCUGGUAAAACACAUAGAGAGCCAGAGCAAAUAUGACGAGAGCCGAGGAACAACCAGACUAGUAAAAUACUAGAGACUAAAGGUUUGAAAACUUCUUUCCACGAAAACUGUUUGAAAAAGUUAACAUUUAUUUGUCACAUACUUGUAGAAACAACUACAGCAGCAAUAAUAAUUAGCACAUUUUGAUGGCAUACUAUGUUUUUUUGAUAUUUUUGUUGACAUACUAUGACUUUUUUUAAGACAUUUUUGUCGACAUAGUAUACUUUGAUGUUUUUGUGAUACUUUUGUUGACAUACUAUGACUUUUUUGACGACAUACUAAAGUGUAACAUUUCUGACGUUAUUUUUUAACAACAUACUGUACGAUGACGUUUUUGUGACUGUUAUCAUUGCUGUCAUGUGUAUAGUGUGGUUUUCUGUAAUGUGUGCAUGUCGAAUAUUCAAAUAGAGCUGCGCUGCACCACCGCCAGGAUUGGACGACAGGAGGUGGGGUUGGCGCAGGAUUGGUCGGGCUGCCGACGAAAACCCGGAUGUCGUUGCCUCUGGGUCAGAGAGGGACAGAUCAGCGGGCCAUCCUCCAUGCCGUCCAGACCGACACAUAUCCAGCACAAUUUGUUUGUUGUAUAGCAGAACAAGAUACUGUAGUGAGCUGCUACUUUUUGUUUUAUUCAUGUUCACCUGUUUGAGUUAGAGAGGGAGGGAAGACUUUGUAUUUAAUUUUGUCCUUUUAUUUUGAUAGGUAAGUCGACCUCCUAAGGACUAGUGUGGUUUUGUUUAUUAUUUUUGGCAUAAAGCUCACCCCUAAUUCAUUUACACCUCACCUUUGACUUGUUUUUGUUAACCUCCACCUUUGCUUUUCGAUACACAUUUAAUGUAAAUUCUUUGAGAAAACGCUGUGUGUGCUGCUUCCGACACAUGUAGUCAGGCACUUCAUGUUGCGUUCAGGAACCCCUAGGCUGGGCGUAACAGUGACGUUUGAUUACAUACUUCACUAUGAUGUUUUUACAUACUAUACUGUGAAUUUUUGUACAUACUUUGCUAUGACUUUUUACUAUGGCAUAAUAUAGAAUGAGAUAUUUGUUUCCUGUGAAAAUUGAUUUUACAACAUGUAAAGGACUUUGGUCAAAAUUGAUUGUUUAGCAUGUGAAAUGCAUAAAAAAAAACUUGAUUUAA